CUGAUUGAUGCUGCCGUUUCUACCACAUCCCCCGUUGAACCGUCGGCUCCGUCGCACGGCUGUCACGGUUGCUUUAGAGGACCUGUACGGAAAGACUCGUCGGUAAAUUCAGUCCACACACACGAGCCUCUCCGUGGCGUGCAGAGGCUCGCGACCAGCUGUGAGCCAGCGACCGCUGCCUCCCGGUUGAACGGCGGCAGGAGGAUGGCACUGCGUUGGACGGUCUCUGUGUGUUUGUCCUCGGUGGUCUAUUAAGGUUUUAAUUAGCUGAUAACGUACGUUUGACAUUUAGGACGCAGUUGGUUGCGGGAGCGACGACAGACGCACAGCGCUGAUUAUGGAAAAGGAGUCCAGGUUUGAAGACCUCUGAUCAUAUUGGCUCCACGGCCAGCCAGGCGGCCAAUCAGGUGACAGCCAGGCUCACUGAGGAGGGAGACCAACAGUGAGGCUGGAAGACCCCCUUACCGCACCCACACUGCUUCAUCCAUCCCCCUCCAUCGUCACCACCAUGUCUAUACCCAGUGGCAGCCCAGAAAGAGAGGGUUCUAGUGGGUCUCUCCCUCAGCUUGAGUGCCCUUCUUCCCCUCCCGGGAUGGAUGCAGACCCCUCGUCAACGGGCAGCCCAGUGCUCAGCCCAGACUCAUCUUCCCAUGAUGCAGUGAUGUCAGCACCUGCGGCCUCCCCGGCAGACUCCGAGAACUUGAGUCCUGAUGAACUGGAGCUGCUGGCCAAGCUGGAGGAGCAGAACAGGUUGCUGGAGGCUGACUCUAAGUCCAUGCGCUCGAUGAGCGGUUCACGGCGUAACAGCGGCUCCUCACUGGUGUCCAGCUCUUCAGCCUCCUCCAACCUGUCUCACCUGGAGGAGGAUACCUGGAUCCUGUGGGGCCGCAUCGUCAACGAGUGGGAGGAGUGGAGACGCAAGAAGGACAAACUCCUUAAGGAGUUGAUCAGAAAGGGCAUCCCUCAUCAUUUCCGGGCCAUCGUCUGGCAGCUGCUGGGCAACGCCACGGACAUGCCGGUGAAGAACCAGUACUCUGAGCUACUGAAGAUGUCGUCCCCCUGUGAGAAGCUCAUCCGCAGAGACAUCGCCCGUACCUACCCCGAGCACGAGUUCUUCAAAGGCCAGGACAGCCUGGGGCAGGAAGUGCUCUUCAAUGUCAUGAAGGCGUACUCCCUGGUGGAUCGAGAGGUGGGCUACUGCCAAGGCAGCGCAUUCAUUGUUGGUCUGCUGCUUAUGCAGAUGCCAGAGGAGGAGGCGUUUUGUGUUUUUGUGCGACUGAUGCAGGAGUACCGCCUGAGGGAGCUGUUCAAACCCAGCAUGGCCGAGCUGGGCCUCUGCAUCUACCAGUUUGAGUAUCUGCUGCAGGAGCAACUUCCAGAACUCAACGUCCAUUUCCGAUCCCAGAGUUUCCACACAUCCAUGUAUGCUUCAUCCUGGUUCCUCACUCUUUUCCUCACCUUUCUCCCUCUGCCUGUUGCCACGCGCAUCUUCGAUAUUUUCAUGUAUGAGGGCCUAGAGAUUAUCUUCCGUGUGGGUCUGGCCAUCCUGCAGUACAACCAGACUGACCUCAUUCAGCUGGACAUGGAGGGCAUGUCGCAGCAUUUCCAGAAGGUGAUCCCCCACCAGUUUGACAGCUGCCCAGACAAGCUGAUCCUCAGGGCCUACCAAGUUAAAUACAACCCCAAGAGGAUGAAGAAGCUUGAGAAAGAAUAUACCACAAUCAAGAACAAAGAAAUGGAGGAACAAAUUGAGAUCAAGAGGUUACGCACAGAAAACAGGCUGCUGAAGCAGAGGAUUGAGACACUGGAGAAGGAGAGUGCUGCUCUGGCAGACAGACUGAUACAGGGUCAGGUGACGAGGGCGCAGGAAGCAGAGGAGAACUAUGUGAUCAAGCGGGAGCUGGCAGUGGUGAGGCAGCAGUGCAACACGGCCAACGAGAGCCUCGAGAAAGCACAAGACACCAUCAGAGAGCUGCAGCAACAGAAGUACACAGAGCAGUUUGUGAGCAAUCUGCAGACCCAGCUGGAGCAGUCCAGACUGCGCGAGGCCGAACUGCUGGGAGCGCUGAAGGAAAUGCAAGACAAGGUCCUCGACCUGGAGAAGAGGAGCAGCUGCCUGCCUGAUGAGAACAACAUGGUGGCUCUGAAGGAGGAGGUGAAGCAGAUGAAGCUGAGGGAGCUGGAAACGCUUCGCUCAUUCAGAGAGAUGCAGGACACCGUCACUGAGCUCAACCAACGCUGGCAGCAUCACAUGUCCCGUGGCAGCAGCACGGGUGGCGGGGGCGGCCACUGGAAGGAAUCCCCCAAGAAGAACGCCAUGAACGAGCUGCAGGACAAACUGAUGACGGUCAGACUGAGGGAGGCCCAGGCUCAGGCUGAGCUCAGAGAGGUCAAACUUAAAGCCCUGCAGCUGGAGAGCCAGAACCAGAUCCACAGCAAGCUGAUCGGUCGCAACGAGCAGGAACGCUCCGCCCUGCAGGACAGGCUCCAGAUGCUGGCCAAUCAGAAUAAAGCUCUCCAGGCCCAACUCAAUGAAAUGAAAAGGAAGCAGGCAGAGUCCGACUGCAAGAGUAAAGAGGAGGUGAUGGCUGUGCGACUGAGGGAAGCAGACAGUAUGGCUGCUGUGGCUGAACUCAGGCAGAAGAUAGCUGAACUCGAGAUCCAGAAGGAGGCAGGGCUGAUCCAGGGCCAGCUGAACCACUCAGACUCCAGACAGUACAUCAACCAACUCCGGGACCAGAUUGCUGAGCUCAAGAAUGAGGUCAGGCAGUUGCGUGGACAGAAGACAGCCCCAAGGGUCAGCGGUGGAGGAAGUACCAACUACCAGGAUCUCUGUCUAGCCAGCCCUGCCUCCGCAGAGGGGGACUACCUGAGCUCAGACGAGGACCUCCUCCCCAGCCCGCUGCCUGCCAGCGCCCUUUACCCCACUCUGUCCGGCCCGUGUCACACGUCUGCCCGGCUCGACAGCGAAGGCAGCACAGACAGCGAGGCAGAGGAGCGGGUGCGGACACAUCCGGACCCACAGCAGCUGUACGGCAGCAUGGUGUGCACCGAGGCGCUGGAUAACUGAGACCUGGAGCAGGUGUGAAGGUUUCAUUGGAUUUGUUUGACCUAAAAAGAUGCUGGAGCUCUACAGGACAGGACUACUACUGUAAACUGGGACUGUAUUAUCCAAUCCAGUCCUCCUCCUUGGCUUUUCCAGUGUUUACCUUUAACUUGAUGCAGACAUAGUGGCAUUGAUUGGACCUCUUCUGAUCAUCACUAGCCAUCGUGUUCGCUCCUCUUACUGUCUCUGCCACCUUGUUCCCCAUACUGUCCGAUCCUGUGUUCCCUGACGAAGAGGUCAUGUAAAGCCUCUCUCCCUCUUGUUCCCAUGUGUAACUGCGCCAGAAACUGUCCCGUCAAAAUACAUAUCCAUCCGAACACAAACAUGACACACAAACAAACAAAAUGGACUGAAACUGGACCAGUAAGAGUGUUGUUGCUGCUCGCUGCUCGAGAUCGACCACUGGACCUGAAUCUGUGACUGUGGACAAGGAGGGAAACGUGGGUAGACAGACCAUCUCUUUCCUCUCCCUAUAAACUGAGUAAUAGACACUUGACACACUGUAUGCUCUGUCUACCCUUAUAUAACUUCCUGAUUGGUUCAGAGUUAAAUACAUCUUUAUCCUCUCUUCUCCUUAUCCUCUCAAUAGGAAGACACACAAACACAAAAAAAAACGUCUAUCAACCAUCCGUUUUCCUCUCAGUAGACCAAGUGUUAAUAUAAAAGGUGGUGAGUAUGAGAAGGAGAGGCGCAGUGGAGGAAUAUGUACACAUCAAACUGUAGGGAUAUCACAAGAUGGCAUUCAUUAAUGAAUCAUGAACACUUUAACAUACUAAAUAUGUGUGUUGUCUGUGUCUGUGGCUUGCAGAUAACAAGAAGGCAAGAGUUAAUACAAUAGCUCAUGUCAAAACAUAUUCACCAUAACCCACAAAAAAAAGGAAGGAAGAAACUCGAUGUUGCCAAAUCUUUUGUUUUGUUUUUUAAAAUUAUUUAUAUGUUGUAAUUUAUUUUGAUAUUUUUUUUAUUUUUUUAUAUAUCUAUAUGAAACUAUAGGACUGUAGAGAUACCGACAGAGGCCAAACUUUCUACACCGUCCUUUGUGCCAACUAGUCGUCUGUUGCAGGUUCACUGUGACACUGAGUGUUUCAGAGACGGAAAAUGUGCUGCUAUGAUUUUAGAUUUACUUCUUCCAUUUUGUUCUUUCUGUUAUUUUUUUUUUUUUUUUAAAUCUCAGAGAGUUGAAGAUGCAACCUCCUAUUAACUCUGCCAUAGAUUAGGUGAAAAAAAACUGAGCAGUUUAACUUGAUUCCUCCCUGGAGCUUCUCAGCAUUUCACAAUGAUGGGAACACUUUAGUUUUCUUCAGAAACCAAGCAUUAUUAUUGUGUAUGUGUGAGUUAAAUGAAUAGUUUGACAUUUUAGGUUAUAUAUUUAUUGACUUUCUUGCUGAGGGUUACAUGAGAAGAUCAACAUGACUAAUGUUACAGCCAGGAGAUAGUUAUCUUAGCAGUGCGGUUACGUGCUAGAUUAUUUCUUGGCUGGGCAUAGUGGCUUCCUGCACACACUCAAAACAAAGUCUAGCACGUAACUCUGCAUUAAACCCCAAUUUGUUUUUACACUUCAGUUUUUAUACUCUUUUAAACUGUGGCCACAAGUGAUGUAAUGGUAAAAGUGAACUGAGUCAGUAAUGUCAAUUAUAAAUACCAAUACAAUGCCAUAUCUACCUUUGCUAACAUUAUAAGCUACUGGCCUUACUAUGAGUUAGGUUGCAGCAGCUCCUAAAGCCACUGAGAGUGUUGAAUUAAACAAGGGUUUGUUUUAUUGCUGUUUUAUUAAUUGGUGAAAUUUAGAGGUGGAUUUUGUUACCUUCGGACAGAGCUAGGCUAGCUGCUUCCCUUUGUUUCCAGUCUUUAUGCUAAGCUAACCAGUCCAUCUCCUGGCUAUAGCUUUAUAUUUAACAGGCAGACAUGAGAGCGGUUUCUGUCCCCUCAUUUAAGCAAGUAAGUGUAUUUCCCAAAAAUGUCAAACUAUUCCUUUAAUUAUCAGUGUCCAUUACAAGCAAGCAGAAAUCCAGGUAACAGUGCUGAUCUGGAGUCACCAGUUCACGUGCUCAUAUCACUAUCUGACAGCUGAAACUGCAGCAUGUGGGCCAUUGAAAGUGGACUGAGUAGUUCACAAUGUAAGAAUGUCAACGAAAAGGCUGUCAUCAUUACCAGAGAGUGUGUGGGUGGAAAAUAUUUUACAUAUCAAACAACAAUAUAUUCUGUGUAGAAAAAAAAACGGUGUAAAAUGUAUGGAGAAAUAUGAAAUAUACAGUGUGAGAGGAACAAAAAUAUAUAGAUAAGAUUUAAAGCUGUAUCACUGUCAGUCAAGUCUCACUGAAGAUGGUGAGAAGUCUGAGUGUGUAUAGUUUAUCAAACAGGGUGUCAAAUGAAGAGCAGUGAUCUGCUUUUUGCACUACAGAGAAAGAGAAACUCUCUGCUCGCGACAUUAGCAGUGAGAGAUGGUGUGGAUUAAUGGAUUCAUAUUACAUUGAGCUCUUCAAAGAGAGCUUGACAUUAUCUGAGUACCUCGAUCCAAGAUUAUCCAUCCGCACUAUUGUGCUGAUUAUUCUUCAGACUCAUUUUGGAGGAUUGUCUCUAAAGAUCCACUUUCUGCUUCACAGUGCUACCUAACUUUUUCGUGCAAUACAAAUGAAGGAAUGGGAAAGGAGAUAAUUAUUGCCAUCUUCUCAGAAAUAAGGAAAUUGGAUGUUCCAGUUAUGGCCAUCAAAGAGCUAAAGAGGAUGUCAGUUAGCCCACCAAACUGUUGCAAAUAACAGCUUUUCAGUGGUCAUUGGUGGGUGUAACAACUGAAAUCAGUGUUUGGAUAUCGUCAGAGCAAAUGAGUGUAAACCAAAUGGUUUCAGUUGAGUUCCCUCUAUUUCUUUAUAUAUACAGAAUUUAGACUGGCAUCGGCUCUUCAAGUUAUAAUCCUUAAGAUCAGACCUCACUGUUGAUAAUAUUUCUGGUUGGAAAUAGUUUACAUUUACAUUCUGUAAUUACCUCUCUAUAAAGUAGUCUUCAUUGUUUCUGGUGGGGUCCAGUUUUGCCUUGUGGGAUUUAAAGGACUUACAGGACUCAAGAUAGAUGCAUGUACUGGACAUGAUGUGGAAGACAGAAGUUGGUGCAUGUAUGCUUUUUGUAAUGCACAAGGCAAAAAUGGAUGAGUUCAGUUCAGUUCGGCAAAAAAACGUUGUUGACUGUCUUCUUUAAGGUGCCAGUAUACUCAGUCAGAAUUGCCAGACGGAUGGUUGAAUAGCUUUUGGAAACCCCCUCCGACCACACCGUCCUAACGUCGGAUUGGGGGGACAAUCUGACAUUCGCAGCCCCCUCGUGCCCCGAGUGGCCUGCUGAGGUGAGGUGAGAAAAUAAGAUGGGUUGGAAAUUAAUUCUCGGCACAACAAUUUCUGACACUUUUGAUGUGUACAUAAUUUAAAAAAAUAUCGUGUCUCCCCCUCAUUAUGAAGUCUGGUCGUUCUGAACAGCUCGAAACACUCAUGCCCUCCAACAUGGUUGAAAAACACAUUGUACGUACUACUUUUUGAGCAUAACCUAUUCUUCUGCGAUAAAUCCUCUCAGCCCAUGAUUUGUUUGGCUCUGCUGCAAACAUAUGGACAUGUUGCAAACAUGUUACACAACCACUAAGAGCAUGUUUCAAACUGAUCUCUGGGAGUUGUAUUAAUAAAACGCAUUUACCACCACUAGCCACAGGUGUUUAACAGCUACUGAAAUCAUAAGGAUUUUAAAAUGCAAAGACGAAUUGUAGGAAUCUUUUCAUUCAGGACUGAGUUUCCAAAUUGAUCCCUAAUCUGGACCUAGAUCAGUACUUCGUGUCCUUCAUCGGUACAUUGCUGUUCAGUGAUGGUGCUGUUCACACCACUGUCUAAAUACAACUCUAUCUACUGUGACAAAACAUUUUGAUAUGUUUGUAAAUUACUUUUGAAUAUGGUACUAGCUCUCAUCCUUAAUAUUAUUUUUAUAAUUACCAUCAGUACUUUGUUUUAUCCUGCUAACAGCAUUACAUUAGAUGAUAAUGAUAUUGUGCCAUAAAAGUAGGUAGAUUUACACACUAUGCUAAAUUAUGUCAUGUAUGUUUAACGAGGGUUUCAUCGACACGUCAGCUACUACAGCCCUUCAUGAAACAGCCAUGUAAGAUAAAGUGAAUUUUGUGUGGAUUCAAAUGUGAUCACACUGUGUUGCUCCAGAUUUAUCAUCUUGAAACUGGAACAUCCACACAUUUUCCCUGAUUUACAGUUGGAAAUAAGACAAUACAGUGCAAAACAGUGUGUCACACGUGAGGUUUUUCCUCACAGACGGUAAGAAAAAAACAGACAGUGUUCAUCCUGGUUAGUCUGGUGUAGGAUUUCUCAAAUUUAUGUGCUGUAUGUGACGGCUGUUUGAUAUCCACAGCAUCAUUCCCAGGAACCCUGUCCACCCUCUCUCUUUCUGUCUUGCAAUUCAACUGAUGUUGUUAUCAAAUAUAUUAAAUGACAGUAAAGAUUAUAUAAAUUCCAGUAUGAUGGGGAAAAAAUACAUUUCAGUGUUCUGUAUCCUAUGAAUGAUACAAAAUAAACUUUGA